AUGACAAAAUCACCACAAAAUAUUGGUAUAAAAGGUAUUGAAGUUUAUAUUCCAGGUCAAGCUGUUAAUCAAACAGAGUUGGAAAAAUUUGAUAAUAUUCCACAAGGUAAAUACACUAUCGGAUUAGGACAAACUAAUAUGUCAUUUGUUAAUGAUAGAGAGGAUAUUUAUUCAAUUUCAUUAACUGUUUUAUCAAAAUUAAUUAAAAAUUAUUCAAUUGACACCAAUAAAAUUGGUAGAUUAGAAGUUGGCACUGAAACUUUAUUGGACAAGUCUAAAUCAGUUAAAUCAGUAUUAAUGCAAUUAUUCAAAGAUAAUAACGAUAUUGAAGGUAUUGAUACGGUUAAUGCAUGUUAUGGUGGUACUUCAUCAAUUAUAAAUGCUAUUAAUUGGAUUGAAAGUUCAAGUUGGGAUGGAAGAGAUGCAAUUGUUGUUGCAGGAGAUAUUGCAAUUUAUGAUAAAGGAGCGGCAAGACCAACAGGUGGUGCUGGAGCAAUUGCAUUAUUAAUUGGACCAGAUUCUCCAAUUGUAUUUGAUUCAAUUAGAGGAUCAUUUAUGGAACAUGCUUAUGAUUUUUAUAAACCAGAUUUUACAAGUGAAUAUCCAGUUGUUGAUGGACAUUUUUCAUUAUCUUGUUAUGUUAAAGCUGUUGAUCAAUGUUAUAAAAAUUAUUCAAAAAAAUUUGAUAAAUUUGAAGGUUUAUUAAAACAUUUUGACUUUAACGCAUUUCAUGUACCAACAUGUAAGUUAGUUAGCAAAAGUUAUGCAAGAUUAUUAUAUAAUGAUUUUAAACAAAAUCCAGAAAAUUUUAAUUUAGAUGAAGAAACAAAAAAACAUAUUUUAAAUUUAUCAUAUGAUGAUUCAUUAACAGAUAAAGUUCUUGAAAAAACAUUUGUAUCUUUAUCAAAAGAAGAUUUUAAUAAAAGAGUUGCAUCAGCAUUAAAAGUACCAACUAAUACUGGUAACAUGUAUACAGCAUCAGCAUGGGUUUCAUUAGCAUCAUUAUUGUAUUAUAUUGGAUCAGAUAAUUUACAAAAUAAAAGAAUUGGUAUUUUUUCAUAUGGAUCAGGUUUAGCAUCAACUUUAUUAUCAGUUCAAGUUAAAGGAGAUAUUUCAUAUAUAACUAAAAUAUUAGAUUUUGAUUUUAAAUUGGGACAAGGUAGAAAAAUUGAAUCACCACAAGAUUAUGUAAAUGCUAUUGAAUUAAGAGAAAAAGCUCAUUUACAAAAAUCAUUUAAACCAUCAGGUUCAUUAGAUCAUUUAUCUAAAGGAACUUAUUAUUUAGAAGAAAUUGAUGAUAAGUUUAGAAGAAAAUAUGCUAUUCAAGAAUAA